AUGCGCAAGGUUAUGGAGGCGCUAACAGAUGACAAGAUUACUGCCGUUGGUGUCCACGGCACAGGCAGCGUUGGGAAGACAAGCAUGUUGAGACAUGUAGCUACACAAGCAUGCAGAAAUGGUAAUUUUAACAAUUGGAUUAUGGUUGUCGUAUCCCAAGACCUUGACUUGAAAAAAAUUGAAGGUACAUUUUCAAAUAAGUUGCUCUUCAAAUUUGCGAAGAAGACAGAAGAUGUAAGAGCUGAUAGGUUACAUGAGGAGAUAAUGAGAACAGAAAAGCUCCUUAUAAUCUUGGACGAUGUAUGGGAUAAAAUACAGUUGUCAAAGAUAGGGAUCCCUAACUACGAAGAGCUUCAAAAAUGCAAUUCCAAAGUCCUACUCACCACAAGGAGAUUGAGUGUCUGUAAUGCUAUGGAGUGCCAUGAAAAAAUCGCCCUCAACAUUCUAUCAAAAGAAGAUUCUUGGGCCUUGUUUGUGAGAAAUAUAGGAACAAUUUCUUUUGAGUCCACCUUGUUUAAGGAAGUGGCAUGGAGGGUAGCUGGAGAGUGGAAGGGUCUACCGAUUGCAUUGUAA